ACUUGAACUUGAACAUGAAUGUUCCACACACAAGGGGCCCCUGACCCCCCUCAUUAACAGCCUGAAUACAUUCACAGAGUCCCGUAAGAAUGCUGUCCCUGUUCCAGCCCUCCCUGUUUUCUCACAGUUCUUAAGCUGAUCAGACUCGACUGACUUACUGUUCAGAAUGGCUGUUCGUCUAUUUGAGGGUAAAGACCAUGCCUAUGUAUACUGGAAGUACAGGGUCUCUCCAUCAGAGGAGCUCAUUGGAAAAAUUGUGGAAUUCACAGAAAAGAAUAAAGGGGUGCCCUUUGACCUGGCAGUGGAUGUGGGAUGUGGGUCUGGUCAAGGCACUCUGCUCCUUGCGCCACAUUUCACUCAAGUUGUUGGGACAGACAUCAGUCCUGCCCAGUUACAAAUGGCCGUGGAGUAUGCCAGUGCACCAAAUAUCUCCUACAGAGAGUGUCCAGCUGAGGAGCUCCCAUUUCUAGAUGGCUCAGUGGAUCUUCUGACCGCUAUGUCAGCAUUCCACUGGUUUGACCGUCCUCGAUUUCUCCAGGAGGCUCAUAGAGUCUUGAAACCUCUGGGAUGCCUGGCACUUCUGAACUACACUAUGGAUAUGGAGCUUAGCUAUGGGAAUUGCUCAGAGGCAUUGAAUCAAAUUUGCAAAGAGUUUUAUGCUGCUCUGUUGCCUUACCGAAACCCAUGCCUUGGCCCAAGCUCUCGAGACCUCUACAAACAGGCCUACGACUCUAUUGAUUAUUCAGUCAAAGAAUGGCAGGACAGUUUCUGGGUGAGAAAAUUGGUCACCUUGUCCAGUUACAUUGGUAUGGUGGAAUCUUUCUCCAGUUAUCAGGCCCUGUUGAAGAAGGACCCAGAAAAAGCAAGAACUAUCUCACAGGAUGUCACUAAGAGAUUGCUGUCAGCAAUGGGAGCCUCAUCCCCUGAGACAAAGGUUGUCAUGGGUGUGAAAUAUUUUUAUUGGCUGGCCUGCAAGUCUUCAGACGACUAAUGUUUUUCAGCUGUGUCCCAGACAGAUAUUGAUUCCAUACCACAGGUCUCAAAGCUGACCCAGGGGAUUCAGGACCACAGUACCUGCUUGCUGGAGCAUUUUCC